CGGCUAUUGGCAGCAUUCCCGACUUACUCAAGAUGUCUUCAGUCGCCGCAUCUGAGGAUAAUCCAUUUCAGCCCUUAAUCUCCCAGACAAACAGUGAUCCAGCCCAAUUGCAGUCUCGCUAUGAAAACCACCGAGCAACUCGGAAUGCGCAACAGGCCGCUAAUAUUCUCGCGGCAGAUUUCGACGGUUGGAGCCUAGACGAGAUUCUUAUUCGUCUUGAAGGCCCUGGAAAAGAAGAGGGAUUCGUUGAUCCUCGCAACUGUCUUGUGAUUUGGGCCAGACCCCCUUCGCACGUUCGCGAACUCAUUGGAUUUGUGCAAAGUGAAUUGAAAAGCGUGGCUCCCACACUGUGGCUGAUGCCACUCGACAACCUCCACAUGACGGUCCUUGAAGCAGCCCAUUCUCUAACCCAAGAACAAAUCCAAACUCUUGUCGACACUCUCAACUCGUCAACCGAGAUAUCCACUGGAGAAAUCGCUGAUUAUACCUAUAAUCACAGAGCGCGCCUCAUCAAGCCGAUGGUCAGCUUCGACUCUGCAGCAAUGGCUCUCAGUUUUGUGCCAGCGGCGGCUGAGGACUCCCGCGCGAAACGGAGCCUCAAAGAGGAUAGUUAUAGCUAUCACCAUCUUCGUCGAGAUAUUUUUGAGAUGGUGCGCAGCGCUGGUAUCCCAGUUGCUUCACGUUACAGUGUUCCUUCGGCCCAUGUCACCAUCGCCCGGUUCAUCACCCAAGAUGGGUUUACUGACCACAGUACGGAAGAAAAACCUCAGGUUAGCGUUAGCCAUUCUCGGGUGAAGCUACUGAUUGAUAAGAUCGAGGAGAUUAACAAGAGACUGGAGGCUGAGUAUUGGCCACAGGAUAAUGGUGGAACUAUGAACGCUGGCGAGUGGCUCGUCGGCCAGGAGAAAGGUCUGGUCAUUCGAAAGGGCCGUCUCUGGUAUGGAGGAGGCGAAGAUGUCGAGCUUGGAAAGGGGGACUAAACUUUGGGCUCUACACUCCCUACAACUCAUGAUAUCGAAAAAUAGAUCGUUGUGCUUUUGUCUAGUAUUAAACUCCUGUGAAAGCGCACCACUCAUUUUCU